AGACGAGCUCCUGGACGAGCUCAGGGACGAGCUCAGUCAAUGCAGAAUUCCACUCGGUCAUGUCCUUGACAUUUUGAAUAUCAGCGCCGUGUACGGUACUUUAAACCUUGCAGCGGUGUCAGCCGUACUUCCAUAAUGGCUUACAGCUCGCCGACGGCGAUGGAAACACUAUCAGCGCCAGGGCCACCAGGAACUUUCCCACGCAGCCCGCUUCGAACUCCUCCGUCCCCGCGGCGAAAACGGAAAGGCAUGGAAGACGACGUCGAGGAGCUGGGCUGUUAUAAACGUGUACACCGUGAGCCGAACGACAUGAAUACCGUCUACCCAUUCCUACCGCCGGCGGAAGGAACGAUGGCAUAUCCAUUUCCGGACCACCCCCGACGGAGUUCUGAAGGGCUUGAUCCGCAGCUUCUCCAAAACGAACUAUCCCGGCAUUUGCAGCAGCUACUCCCGUCACAGCCUCUGGGGUCGAUAUCGGAGGAAGGGCGAAUGGGCGAAGGCACGUACGGGUUCGGAGACGUGCAGAGGGAGCUGCUGGCUUGCAGAAACUAUGAUCCUAUGCAGGUGGAUGAUGAGAUGCUUUCUGUACCAUCACCGCAAAUGAGGAGAUCAGCAUCGGAUUCCAUGUCAAUAUGCAUGUCUCCUCCAAUGGGUCGUCGACCAGGUCUCGCCCCUGUAUCGACACCCGUUCCCUCACCCCAGCGGACGUUAAGCACUGGAAGCUCGUAUAUGAUGGAGGGACCCGAGCCACUAGGGCGGGCAUUGACGUCCAGUCCCGGAACGCCGCAACGGACGCUAUUCAGCAUGGGGUUUAGGAAAGACUGCGAGAAGUGUCGGCAGGGCGUGCCCGGACAUUACAUGCACGUAAUGCCCCAUUGAGGCAUGCUGGAUUUUGAGUGGGCUCCGAGUGGGGUCAGCGUUUUGGGCAGCCAGACUUAUAUUUGAACCGUGUUGUUUUGACAACAAUCCCCCCCGAACCCGGUUUCGCUUUGGCCGGCGAUCGGCGAUACCCGCCUGUAGGCUAGUCGUUUGUUACUUCCUGGGCCCUAUAGACUUGUGGCCCUUUGGCAUGAUACCCCGAUGUCGCU